AUGAAGGAAUUCUUCAUGGAGAAAGGGAUAGAACACCAGAUGUCCUGUGUAGAGACUCCUGAACAAAAUGCCAGGGUUGAACGAAAGCACCAGCACAUAUUGAAUGUGGCUAGGUCUCUUAGGUUCCAGUCAGGUUUACCACUUACCUUUUGGAAUGACUGCAUUCUUCAUGCAGUGUACUUGAUCAACAGGAUGCCAACUCCCAUUCUGUCUGGCAAAUCCCCAUUUGAGGUGCUCUAUAACCAUCAACCUUUUCUUGGUAACCUUAAGGUUUUUGGUAGUCUGUGUUAUGCAAGUACUCUUGGGCAUAACAGGACCAAGUUUGCACCAAGGGCAAGACAGUGUGUUUUUCUUGGAAUCCCUGCUGGAGUUAAAGGGUAUAAGUUACUUGACUUAGAAGAUAGGAAGGUCUUCUUAUCAAGGGAUGUUGUCUUUUAUGAAACAAUUCUUCCCUUUCGAGACUGUACAGAGUCUGCAACUUCAGACUCACCUCCUUCUUCCUCUACUUCACCACCUGUUCAGUCUACAACAUCAGCUCCUCCCAUCUUGGUCCCAGCAUCUUCUCUUCCUACUUCUUCUGCACUUGUAUCCUUUGAUCAGGCCUCAGCUGCAAGGGGGAAUGAUGACUAUAGUCCAAGUAAAGAUGCUACUCCAGCAAAUGACACUGAUGUUCCACCUGAACAGGAUUGUGAACUACUUCCACAAGUUGACUUUGAACCUCCUCCACCAAGAAGAUCACAGAGGCAACCAGUGUUACCUGCUAAACUCAAUGAAUGUGAACUGGAUCCUCAAUUAACAUUUGGAGCUUUUGGAACAGCAGCAAAUGCAAGUAAGCACUCUCUCUGUCUGAAUGUUGAAUGCUUGAAUGAACAAGAUAGAAUCUAUGCUUUGAGUGUGUUGAAGCAUGAGGAACCAACCUCAUAUCAUGAGGCAGUCAAGUCCAUUGAAUGGAAUAGAGCUGUCAUAGAGGAAAUACAUGCUCUAGAAGCAAACCAGACCUAG